CAAGACUUCCGCGCAGGUCUCCGACGGGUUCUGCUUGUGCCGCUCGCCGCCCGCCUCGCCCAAUUUUCGGCCGCGUGCAUCCCACGCCUGCCCAUGGACGCGGCCAGGGGCCUCGCCGCUGCGGCACACGACUGGUGCCGUUCCCUGCCCCUCCAGGGGAGCCGUCUGCUGGCGAGUGCCUGCGGGACCGAGGUCCGCGACCUGCUGACAUCAGGAGGGGCGAGGAGCUCGUGGACCACAUCAUCACCCUGGAGGAGCUGGUGCCGCUGCUCAACCGCACCAAAACCUGGCCGACUGCCUCGGGCUCCAAGGGCGUGUGGCUGUCGGAGAAACGGGGCGUGCUGAGCCACUACUCGCCACGCCGGGAGUGCGCGCGGGAGGUGCCGCGGCUCAUGCACUUCGUGUGGCUUGGGAAACCCUUGAAGGACAAGUACGCAGCCAACAUCAAUGCCUUCUCGGAGGCGACGAUCGGGGGCGAAUAGCCCAGGGGAGGGCAAUACGUGUAUCCAGGGGCGCUGAUCGCGCAUGCCUUCGACGAGGCCUCCGGGCAUACGUCCAACGGCCGCCCCUGAACUAUUCGCCCCUGGCGUCGCCCCCGACCUUCGUCAGCAAGAACCCGGAGUGGCAGGCCCACCUCUGGAUUGAGACGCCGUUGCGGGAAACCACGGCGGCAGUGUUGGCCUCGCCUUCGCAAGGGCGCCCGUGCAUUGUCAAGAGCUACGCGGAGGUGCCGGAGAUGCGCCUCCUGGGGCUGAUCCAGACUGCGCCCAGCAUCGGUGCGGCCGCAGACCUGCUCCGCCUGGAGGUCGUCUACCGCUACGGCGGGAUCUACAUGGACGUCGAUUCCCACCCCGUCCACGGCUUCGAGGAGUACGGCUCGCUGUUCCGGUGGCCCUUCGUGACCUACGCGGGGAGCGGCGGAGGCCUCUGCAACUGCCUGUUCAGCGACUCUCCGGGCUCCGCCUUCCUGAACUUUACGAUCGCGGCGGCCUACGAGAUCGGCACGACGUUCAAGAUCAGGGGCCCUCUGACGGCCACCGGGCCGCCUCUGGUGAACAGCGCAUUCGUAAUGUACAACAACCCCGAGUAUGUCCUGAUCGAGAGCGACUUCGUACUCAAGCACAGGAAGAAAGACAAGGAAAUCAUGUAUCAGUCCUUCGACUUCUCCUGGGCGGGGGUUCCUGGAGGAGGAGGACGCCACCAGGCGCAGAAGAAAAAACAGACGAACCAGAGCAUGACCGCGACGAACCAGACUACCAGACCAUGAGCAUAGCACCACGUCACGUCAUGGGACGGCUCGCAGCGCUUUCCCGUGUUCUCUGGCGACUUUGUGAUCAUCGCAGUGGUGUGAGACUCAAGCAAGACAUCCGACCCUGCUUGCUCUUCUGCAGAAGCGCAAGCCACGCGCCAGGCCUUCGGCUCCGUGGUGCACGGGGGCCCCCCGGCGGAGCAGCAGCGGGCGGGCCGGCGCGCGGGGCGGGCCGACGGCGCGGGGCGGGCCGACGGCGCCCGGG